AUGUUCGCCAGAAUCUUUAAAGCGUCUUCGACAGAGGAUCUUCAGGCGGACGAUCCAUUGACUCCUAGUCAGCAAUUGCGCGACGAAAGCAGAAGAACUAGAAGUAUGGUUACUACGCGGGGUAGAGCUCGAGAAUUGGCAGAUAGUCCCUCAGUGAACGGAGAUGGAGAUUCUAUAAUCAUCGAUGAGGGUACUCCGGUUCCAAAAAGAAGAGGGCGACCGCGCAAAUCGCUUCCUCUUGAAGACGAUGAGGUUGCUGCCUCUCCACGACCUACGAGGAACUCGAAAAAGCUGUCGGCACAGGCAAGCGAAGAAGAAACUACACCAAUACAAUCACCGCAAGUAAUUGAAGAAAUACCUAAUUCUGCAGAAGAAUCCGAAGAUGCGCAAAUUAUUGAGGCAGAUGAGGAGGUAAUUAAGACAUCCAAAGCCAAUGGAGAUGUGUCGACCCUCUCGAAAAUCACUACCACUGUUACCACGCCAGUUGCGAAGAAGCAUAAGCGAUUCGAUAGCGCAGAGCCUGAACCCGAGCCAGUAGUAGAAACGAAAUCCGAAAAAGUUGAAAUUGAAGACGAGGAGGACGAGAGUAGCGAUGACGAUGCUCCAGAAGAAGUAACAACAAAUGAGGCUGCGAAAUCCGCCAAAGAAAAGGAAAGAGAAGCAACAAAAGCAAUUGAAGAGCAAGAAGCUGCCUCUAAGAAGAAGCGUCAGGAGAAAGCCGCAACUCUUAAACGUCAAGCAGAGGUCUCUAGUAAGAAGCGCAAGUUAGAUCUUGCAUCCGCACAAGACGAAAUGUUACCUCCCGCUCAGAAAUCGAAGAUCGAGGUCACAUCAGCCACCGAAAAGUCGGAUGUCGAUGUGGACGAGGAAUCAAAUACUUUAGAGGGAGAGGGAACGGCAGAUGGACGACUAGACUCCGAGGACGACAUUGAAGAAAUUAACAGAACUUUCGCAAUCCCAGGUCAAGUUCCACUUCCAGAUCUUCUGCCGGCCGAAUUUCUGGAAGAUGAUGACGUUGAUAGCCCAGAACCUGGCCGCCUUCAUUCAAGCCUACCCACAAGAUCUGUCAAGCCAGACAAAUUGCGUCGCCUUCUGGAGAAGAAGCCGAAGGAUAAACGGGUUGGUUCAACUACAUUCAGAGUUGCGGAAAGCCGAAAUCCACUUUUACCUCCUAAAGCAUCAAAUCAAGCACGCUCGCUAAAGGAAUCGUGGUUACAAGGUCGGGCAGGAACCAAGAUCAAGCCAAACCGUAAGCCCUUCAGUCAAGGUUUCAUCAAGACCAAGAAAUAG